AUAUAUAUAUAUACAUUGCCACAUAGUUCAUUAAUUCCAUUGCUCCCAGAAAAAAUGGGAAUUGUUGGUUUUGUUUCAGAUUAUGUAACAGAUAAUUUUGGUUCAAGAAAAAAGAAAAGAAAGCCAAACCAGACAGUAGAAAUCAAGGUGAAGAUGGACUGUGAUGGGUGUGAGAGGAGAAUUAAAAAUGCUGUUUCUUCUGUCAAAGGAGUGAAGUCAGUGAAGGUGGACAGAAAGCAAAGCAAAGUAACAGUAAAUGGAUAUGCUGAGGCAACCAAAGUUUUGAAAAAGGUUGAAAGCACAGGAAAGAAGGCUGAGCUUUGGCCUUACGUUCCCUACAACUCUGUAGCUUAUCCUUAUGUACCUCAAGCCUACGACAAGAAGGCGCCCCCUGGCUACGUCAAGAAGGCCCCUCAAGCCCUUCCCGUCGACGAGGCACUCGAUCAGAGGUUGACGAUGAUGUUUAGUGAUGAAAAUCCUAAUGCAUGUUCUAUUAUGUAGCAAAUAGAUAUAUGACUGCUUGGCUUUAUCAACCCUUCAACCAUGCAUAGAAGAUUAUACUUAGAGUUUCUAUACGUAUAUAUAUGUAUGUAUUUGACAACA